CAUUUUCAUGCACCAAUCAAACACGUACCAUCGCUCUAUAAAUUGGUUAUUCUAAACAAGAGUUGAUCAAAAACAUUCUGUGACCAUUUUCUUACCUUCAAAACUCGUGUUGUGGCCAAAAAACAGAGCGUUACUACAAAUGGCAACCUUGAAGAGGUCUGACUCUAUAGCUGACAACAUGCCAGAAGCCUUGAAACAAAGCAGGUACCACAUGAAGAGAUGUUUUGCCAAGUACAUAGAAAAGGGAAGGAGAACAAUGAAGCUUCAGCAAUUACUUGAUGAAAUGGAGAAUGUUAUAGAUGAUCAGGUUGAAAGAACCAGGGUCCUGCAAGGUUUACUAGGUGACAUUUGGUUUUCUAUUCAGGAAGCAGUUGUUAAUCCACCUUAUGUAGCUUUAUCCAUUAGACCAAGCCCUGGAUUCUGGGAAUUUGUGAAGGUGAACUCUGCUGAUCUUUCGGUUGAGGGCAUCACUGCUACAGACUACUUGAAAUUCAAGGAAAUGAUAUAUGAUGAGAACUGGGCAAAGGAUGCUAAUGCAUUGGAAGUCGAUUUCGGAGCAUUUGAUUUCUCUGUGCCUCACUUGACCUUAUCUUCUUCCAUUGGAAAUGGACUUGGUUUUGUUUCUAAGUUUGCAACUUCAAAGCUAAGCGGCUGCCUGGAGAGUGCUCAGCCUCUGGUGGAUUACUUGCUAUCUCUGAAUCAUGAAGGAGAAAAACUAAUGAUAAAUGAGACCCUUAGCCCUGUCAGAAAGCUUCGGAUGGCACUGAUAGUUGCUGAAGUUUACCUCUCAGGACUUCCGAAGGACACCCAAUAUCAGAAUUUUGAGACAAGCUUCAAAUUGUGGGGCUUCGAGAAGGGAUGGGGUAAUACUGCAGAGAGAGUGAAGGAGACGAUGAGAUGUCUCUCAGAAGUUCUCCAAGCACCGGAUCCAUUGAACAUGGAGAAAUUUUUUAGCAGGCUGCCAACUGUAUUCAAUGUUGUAAUUUUCUCUCCUCACGGUUACUUUGGUCAAGCAGAUGUCCUCGGUUUGCCAGAUACUGGUGGACAGGUGGUCUACAUUCUAGACCAAGUUAAAGCCUUGGAAGAUGAAUUGCUGCUUAGGAUUGAGCAACAAGGACUUAACAUAAAACCUCAAAUUGUUGUGGUCACGCGACUCAUUCCUGAAGCUCGGGGAACAAAGUGCAACCAGGAAUUGGAGUCGAUUAAUGGCACCAAGCAUUCAAACAUCCUUAGGGUGCCAUUCAGCAUAGAAAAUAAGGUCCUCCGCCAGUGGGUUUCUCGUUUCGAUGUCUAUCCCUAUCUCGAGAAGUUUACUCAGGAUGUUAUAACCAAGCUCCUAGACCUCAUGCAAGGAAAGCCGGAUCUCAUCAUCGGAAACUACACUGAUGGGAAUUUAGCAGCAACUCUCAUGGCUAGUAAACUUGGGAUAACUCAGGCAACUAUUGCACAUGCUUUGGAGAAGACGAAGUACGAAAAUUCAGAUGUCAAGUGGAAGGAAUUAGACCCUAAGUAUCACUUCUCAUGCCAAUUUAUGGCUGAUACAAUUGCCAUGAAUGCAACCGAUUUCAUCAUAGCAAGUACAUAUCAGGAGAUUGCAGGAAGCAAAGAUAGACCUGGGCAGUAUGAGAGCCAUGCUUCCUUCACACUGCCAGGGCUCUGCAGAGUCGUAUCUGGCAUCAACGUCUUUGAUCCGAAGUUCAACAUUGCUGCACCUGGGGCUGAUCAAUCUGUCUAUUUCCCAUACUCGGAGAAACAAAGUCGAUUUACACAGUUUCAUCCUGCCAUUGAAGAAUUGUUGUAUAGCAAAGUGGUCAAUGAUGAACACAUUGGAUAUUUAGAGGACAAGAAGAAGCCUAUUAUCUUCUCGAUGGCAAGGCUCGAUACAGUGAAGAACCUUACUGGACUAACCGAGUGGUAUGGGAAGAACAAGAGACUGAGAGGCUUAGUUAAUCUUGUUAUAGUUGGUGGAUUCUUUGAUCCAAACAAAUCUAAAGACAGAGAAGAAAUGGCUGAAAUAACGAAGAUGCAUGGAUUGAUAAAGAAGUACCGACUCAACGGUCAGUUCCGAUGGAUAGCAGCUCAGACUGAUAGAAAUCGCAAUGGAGAACUGUACCGUUGUAUCGCUGAUACAAAGGGAGCUUUCGUGCAGCCAGCUCUCUAUGAAGCAUUUGGACUCACAGUCAUCGAGGCUAUGAACUGCGGAUUGCCCACCUUCGCAACCAACCAAGGAGGCCCAGCUGAAAUAAUCGUUGACGGGAUCUCAGGAUUCCAUAUUGAUCCCCAAAAUGGAGAUGAGUCGAGCAACAUUAUCGCCGAUUUCUUUGAGAAGUGCAAGGUGGAUCCAGGAUACUGGAAUAAGUUUGCGGCAGAAGGGUUGAAACGGAUAAACGAAUGCUAUACAUGGAAGAUCUAUGCAAAGAAAUUGUUGAACAUGGGUAACAUGUAUAGUUUCUGGAGGCAGCUCAACAAGGAGCAGAAACUAGCCAAGCAGAGAUACAUCCAGAUGCUCUAUAAUCUUCAAUUCAGGAGAUUGGCAAUGAAUGUGCUUAUCCCAACUGAAGAAGCUCAAAAGCCAGCAAAGCAAGGAAGUUGAUCCUCCAAAAAUUUUGAAUCGUGCAGUACAAGACGAGCUCAGUCGUGAUUGCAGAGGCACUACUACAAACCUGAAUAGCAAAUUUGUUUGGAUCCCGCAGUAAAGGAACCCAUACCAUUUUCACCCUACAUCCAGGUUGUUUGGAGCUUAAGCUGUAAUCAGGAAGCAUGGAUCAGGACAGCAAUCAUCCUGUGCCACCUGACGUUACUUAAUAUGUUUAUCCAUAAUGUUUUUUAUCUACUACUUUCUGAAUUCAACUUCAGUGUGUAUGAUCACUGAAAAUAAAAAAAUUGGCUGUGUACUGUAAUAAACUGUCGAGAGUUUUAAAUUUUAUAAUAAUGAAGAUUUUAAGUGUGAAAUUUGGUAA